UAAGUUUAUUUGAACAAUGUUAAUUUUGAGGUUAUUUUACCUGCUUGGCCUUACCUUCUCAGCAAAUAGUAUUCGAAGAACGUAUUAUCUUGCAGCAGUGGAAAUUGACUGGGAUUACGGCAACGCAGAAAACAGAGAGUUGGUCCCCUUUCGAAAAUCCGUUUUUCGCCAAUUCUCAGACGGGUAUUACAGAAGGGAGAUCCCCCAUGUCGAAUCUUUGGGGUAUUUUGGGCCAACUUUGAUCGCUGAAGUUGGUGACGCGCUGGUCGUUAGAUUACGUAACUUUGCUACGGUUUCAUGUAACUUACAAGCACAAGGUGUUAAAGUUACUUCUGAAAAUCCUUCGUAUGUAUUACCUCACAAUCAGUCAACUUAUCAGUGGGAAAUCCCCCAAGAAAGUUCCCCAACCUAUGACGACCCUCCAUGUGUUGCCAGACUUUAUUACAGCAGUGUUGACCAAAUAAAAGAUAUAAAUUCAGGUUUGGUUGGAAGUUUAAUCAUCUGCAAACCUGGUUGGAUCUGGACAGUAGAAGAAGAAACUCCAAAAGUUUUGGUAUUCGCUAUUUCUGUUGAAUCCAAAAGCCUUUUCCAUCACAAUCACGUUGUGAAUAACACCCACCAUCAUAAUGAAGUGUCUUCCCUUCAUUACACCAUCAAUGGGUUCAGUUUCAAGACAUUUCCAGCUUUAUCAACUUGUUCUGGAGAAUCUACAACAUUGUUUUUAAUAGGUCUCUCCGCUAAAUCCACAUCUUUUUCCAUCACAUUUGAAAAUCACGUGAUCCAAAUGAGAUCUUUUCACGUGACCAAUGUCGUGAGUCUAUUUACGGGAUCAACUGAAGUUAUUGAAAUAACCCCCCAUCAAGAUAUUCAGGUCGUUUUAGUUUCUACAGCUUUGCUAAUGAACAUUACAUGAAUGGAAUGGUAGCCAACAUAGAUAUCUAUGAUUGCUCCUUUCGUGAUGACCACCAUCGCAAAAAGCGUCACGUUUCACGAUUUCAUCCAAAGAAGAAGAAAUCACGUGACAGAGAUCAUGGGAACCAGCGGCAACAAGACGUUUCACGAGAUUUCGGAAGAAGAAGG